AUGGCGAAGACACUUGGUUGCAAUUACCAGGCGCUAUCAUCGCUUUCUGCCAUUGCAGUGCCGCCACUCCACAAGAUGUUCAAGGAACAAUUUCGGAUUUCUGUCCUACAGUCUGCCGCGAGUCGGCUACUGCGAGAAAAUCCAUCGGACCUAACUUUCAAUCCCACUCGACAUGAAAUCCGAGUCCAUCUUCCGCCAGACGUAUUAGAAAUUCCUGCAGACAGGAAUUCUUACAAGGACGAUAGAGUGUUCAAUUGGCUUCUCGAAGUCAUCGUUUGUCUUCUUCCGUCGUUCGUGAGUCAAUUUCCCACCGCUUGGAAUCCUCCCAAUACCCUCCAAGUUUUAUCUAAAGCAUUUUUCACAGAGAUUCUUCGCGAAGGUCGAUAUAUAUCCCUCGUGUGCGAGUAA